AACUACGCCCUGUGGGUCGGCCCCGUCCCUCGCCGGCGGCAGCCCCGUCCGGGCGCUGUUUGCUCCCAGUUCCCUCCCAGUGCUCCCAGGAAGAGCCAGACUGGGAGGGAAAGCGCUCCCGAUUCCUGCCCGCUGCUCCCGGGAUCGCUGCCGGUGCCGCUUUGGAACCCCCCCAGGGCAGAGCGCGGCUGCUUUUGGGUGUCGGCACCGCCCGGGCCGGGCUGGGAGCGGAGAAGGAGCGGGAGGAAAAGGAGGAGCAAGAAAAGGAGGGACAGAGGUGGAGGAAAAGGAAGAGGAGGGGCGGGAGGAAGAGGAGGGGUAGCAGCAGCAGCACGCGGUUCCCCUGCUCAGGCUGCAGCUCCCCCGGCUCCGGCAGCAUCGCCCCCCCCGGAACCCGCAGCAGGAUUUCCCUUUGGCAAACCUCGGCCCGAUGGAGGAGGAGGAGGAGGGCGCGGCGAGGAAGACGAAGAUGUCCCGGGAGGCGCAGGCAGGCACGGAGCUGAGCACGGAGCCCAGGGAGGAAAAAUCCCAGCAGCAGAACAUCGUGGAAGAGGCCGCUGUGAGCGGCUCCGCGGCACAGGAACACAACGGGGAGGAAAAGCCGCGGAGAUGCUGCACAAGGAGGGGCUGCAAACGCAGAUCUCGGGGCUCCAAGCAGGAAAGAUCCACCCCGGGCCAAGGAGGUGGCUGCAGCUCGGAGCUGGGGGACCCUGAGCAGCCUCAGGAUGGGGAUAAGCCCCACAAGUGCUCGGAGUGUGGGAUGAGCUUCAGGUGGAGAUGCCAGCUGAUCAAACACCAGAGGAGCCACACCGGGGAGAAGCCCUACGAGUGUGACCAGUGCAAGAAGAGGUUUCUCACCAGCUCCCAGCUCCUCAAGCACCAGCGCAUUCACACGGAUGAGAGGCCCUUCCGCUGCCCUGACUGCGGGAUGGGCUUCAAGCAAAAAGCCCACCUCAUCAGGCACCGGCACAUCCACACCGGGGAGAGGCCCUAUGAGUGUCCCCAGUGUGGGAAGAGCUUCAGGCACAGCUCUGCCCUGACUGAACACCAGAGGAGCCACACCGGGGAAAAACCCUAUGAGUGUGACCAAUGCAAGAAGAGGUUUCCCACCAGCUCCCAGCUCCUCAAGCACCAGCGCAUUCACACGGAUGAGAGGCCCUUCCGCUGCCCCAAGUGCGGGAUGGGUUUCAGGCAAAAAGCCCACCUCAUCAGCCACUGGCCCAUCCACACCGGGAAAAAGCCCCACGAGUGUGAGCAGUGUGGGAAGAGCUUCUCCAGCAGCUCUUCCCUGAUCAGUCACCAGAGGAUCCACACGGGAGAACGCCCCUACGAGUGUGGGGAGUGUGGGAAGAGCUUCAUCCGGAGGCCUGCCCUGAUCACACACCAGAUGAUCCACACUGGGGAAAGGCCCUACGAGUGUGACCAGUGCAAGAAGAGGUUUCCCACCACCUCCAGUCUCCUCCUGCACCAGCGUAUUCACACGGAUGAGAGGCCCUUCCGCUGCCCUGACUGCAGAAUGGGCUUCAAGCAAAACUCCACCCUUGUCAACCACCGUCGCAUCCACACCGGGGAGAGGCCCUACGAGUGUCCCCAGUGUGGGAAGAGCUUCAGCCAGAGUUCCAGCCUUAUCAAACACCAGAGGCGCCACACCGGGGAGAAGCCCUACGAGUGUCCCCAGUGUGGGAAAAGCUUCACCAGGAGAUCUUACAUGACCAAACACCAACGAAGCCAGCACUGAGGGAACCCCUGUGAGUGCCCCGACUGCAGGAAGAGCUUCAUGCGCUGGUCCAGCUCCAUCCCCUAUGGGAGGAUCCCCCCUGGAUGAUCCCCAGUGACCCCCGGUGGGCAGAGCCCCGGUGAUCCAUGUUGGGCACACACCUGGCUGGGGGCUCCACAUCCUCCUGGCUCCCUGUGGCCUCAAUUGUCUUUUCAUUUCUCUU